AUGUUCUGGCAAUCAGUCAUCACGACGGGCCUUCUGGCUGCCGCCGGGGCGCAUGCCGGCAGGCAACUCGACGGCAUUGCCGAUGCAAUGCUGACACCGCGGAAUCAAGGCAUGCUGGAGGGCCGGAUGGAGUUUUUCGCAUCGCCAGAGGGAAGCGCGCCGCACCCGGACCACCCCAUCGUCAUCGCGAAGCGCCAGUCACCAGACAUCAUCCUCAACAGCGACGGGUCCCUCAACAUGACCGCCUGGGAGAACCUCGCCAACGCCGCCUGCAACGAGGCCCUCCUCAAGCUGCCCGAGUCGACCAACCCCUCCGGCACCUGCAUCUGCUACAACCUGCCCGCCCUCAACAACGUCACGGGUGCCUUCGAGGCCGACCUCAGGCUGUAUCAGCUCUCGACGCCCUCGGGCGCCUUUGCCGGGAUUCCGCCGCAGAACAUCCAGGUCGGCCUGACCUACAGGGGCGCGGCGGUGUCGCCCGUGACGCCGCAGACGGCGCAGAAGGCCGUGGCCAUGAGGCAGGCUGCACCAUCGGCAGCCGCAGGAGGAGCCGGCAGCCAGCCCUUCGGCAACCAGCUCAUGCUGCUGCAGACCUACCUUUUCGUGGGCCAGAUCGACCAGACCAAGAUGAAGCCGGGCCUCUCUAUGGCCGAACUCGAAGCUCUGGUCAUGCCCGUCGUCACCCUCUCUGGCGUCAACGCCGCCGGCCAGAGGGUGUCCACCAACGUCUCCUCCAACGAGGCCGCCUUUGUCGCCGGCGUCUUCAGCCAAGAGGUCAUCAUGUCCGACUUUGCCCUCGCCAACGCCGCCGUCGACAAGAUCCUCACCCAGAUGACCAACCAGCAGGUCGCCUUCGUGCUGCCCGGCGUCAACAUCCUGAUCUUCCCCACGGGCCUCGUCAUCUGCGGCGCCUGGCUUGUCCUGUUUAUGGCCGCCGUCGGCUACGGCACCUACAUGCGCAUGAACUUUAGGGAGCAGUACAGGCGGCGGGCGGCCCGGGCUGGAGUGUCCAAGGCUAUGAGGAUAUAG